UGUAGUCAGUCACUGAUGAACGUGUCGAGUAGCCCUGGUGCUGACCGAGCUCAAUGAGUUGCUUGCUUCCGUCAGUUUCUAGCUGUUUUGCUCUUCCAAUCCUCGGGUAAUAGUCGACAUCUAUUCCGGAGGUAGAGGAGGAUAUCACGAUGGCGGAACCAGUUGCAUUCAACCCCCUCCGCAAGUUCAAGCUCGUUGUCUUGGGCGAGCAAAGCGUUGGAAAGACAUCUCUGAUUACGAGGUUCAUGUACGAUACUUUCGACAACACGUACCAGGCGACUAUUGGUAUUGACUUUCUGUCCAAGACGAUGUACCUGGAGGAUCGGACGGUAAGGUUACAGCUUUGGGACACAGCCGGCCAGGAGCGAUUCCGCAGCUUGAUCCCAAGCUACAUCAGAGACUCAACUGUGGCAGUCAUCGUCUACGAUGUGUCAAACAAACUAACGUUUGAACAGGUGUCACGCUGGGUGGAGGAUGUUCGAUCUGAGCGUGGCAAGGAAGUCAUCAUCAUGCUCGUCGGCAACAAGAUUGACCUUGUCGAGAAGAGGCAAGUGCCGUCGGAGGAUGGCGAGGCUAUUGCCAAAGAGCUUGGCGUGAUGUUCAUCGAGGCCAGUGCCAAGAACGGUGCAAACGUUAAGCAGCUCUUUAGGAGAGUCGCCUCGGCACUUCCCACAGAAGACUUGGUUCCUGACGACAAGAAAGCGGAAGUGAACACUGUUGAAGUUCAGCCAGAACCUGAUGAGCAAUCAGAAGAGAGAAAGUGUGCCUGCUAACAGCGAUCUGGGACUCGUGCAGGAGGUUGGUGUUGCUUCCGCCAGUGUUCUAUGUCACGUGCUUUUGUCUUGCGCUCUGGCCGUGUGUGCUGGACGGUUUGCAUGCAUACUGGAACCACCGCUACCGGAUCAUGUCACUAUCGUCUCGUCCCACCGCCUGGACUGGCUGCGAGUACGUUUGCGCUUACCUCCUUGUGCUACCUGCAAGGUUGGCAUGUCACCAGCGAGAGUGCAGCCGUUCCCUUUCUGCCAUGGCUUGGUGGGCAUACAAGCUUGCAAGCAUCUAGUUCUAGUGCUGUCAACUGCAAGCAGUCCAACAUCGAUUCUGUGCAUGCGUCUGUGGUCGAUACGACAUAUGCUAUCACUGCCAUCCACGUGUCACUAGCUAUCUCCAAGACGGCUCUGUGGCUGUUAUCACUUGAUUUAUCCGCUAACUUUGUCUUUAUAGGUAUAGUCGCGUUAUAUUAUGCCUCUACUCCACCAUUCUCUCACUUCAGUUUUCGUCCCUCGCAGAGGUUUUAUAAUUUCUAUUCUAUAUUUGUCUUACCCAACGAAUUUACGUAGAAAGUGAGUAUUUAUUGCUUGAACUUUCUGUUUUUGUCGAAUAACCUGAUCUUCACAUUGCACAUCUUGUGUGUCAUCGAGCCUACGUGUUGUAAGCACAUACUUUCAACUUCUCGUUGCUGUAAAAUAGGUCUAUCAUAUGAGAUAACAUUGUAGAUUGUCAGAUUUUCUCCAUAUUGCUAGACAGAUCAAUGAGAAUCCAACAUCUUGA